AUGUCGGUGCACGUCGCUGAUUUCGACGAGUAUACCUUUCGCGCCCCUCGCCCGGGCUACUUUCUCGGCGACUCGGCCGGGCGUCAUGGGCUUCGCCAGCGGAUACCCAAUCUCGGCCGCCGCCACUUCCCGACGGCCAGGGUUACGUCCACAACCUCAUCGAUACCUCCAGAUACCUACGAUUGCACCGGCACCCUUGCUCGAUUGCCACUCGAGAUACUACACAACAUCGUGCCCGAACUCGACGCCCGAAUAGCGUCCUUUCCGAAACUACUCGGCGCUGCCGUGUACUCGAACUUGACCGCGCCCAUAAAGGCCAUCGCCGCAGCCCUCCGGUCUCCGUCAUGCGCGAAUUGCGGUCACUUUGGCGACAUGUUUUGCCUCCUGGCCCUGCAACGCUUUUGCUAUCCGUGCUGGCGAUCGCUCUAUUCAAAGUUGUUACCAGACUCGACCAACAUUCGUAGUUUCCUGCAUAACCAGAUUGACUGGCCCGAGAAUCUCCGGCCGGUAUCCACCAUGACGCUCCCACACGGAGCGUACGGCGAGAUGGGCUCGCUCGUCAUCGAACGCCGCGUACCGGCUUACAAUUUUAUAAAGGAAAGGCAACCCAGCUGCCCCUGCCCUACCGAGUGUCCCGUCUUCGUACCCGGAUACUUGCAGAGUCCCGCUUUCCUCCCGGCCCCGGCAGAGAGCCACGCCUACGCCUCCACGAUCCGCGCUCCGUAUCUUGAUAGCGAAUCCGGCUCCUUUGAAGAAGGCUUCUUCUGCCGAGCGUGCGCCUGGCACGGCCCCGAGCACGUAAACCGGGUGCCCCCGCACAUCGGCUACCCCAACGUCCUUCACACCGCUUGGGGCGUUCCCUGGAGGCGCUAUACACGAGAGGGCAUGCAAGCACACAUCGCGAAACAUGGCGAUAUCCUCAAGACGGAUGACUUGGGCGUGUUUCGCGAAAGGUUCCCCACGACGUCGACAACCUCGAUCGUAUUGGCUGGCCCGUGUACCUCCACUCCAACCGGGGCCAGAGUCUUCUCCUGCAUCACGCAGAAGAGCUGGUGCGCAUCCGGCCCGUCCUAA